ACGACCAAUCACAAGUCUUUGCAUGAACAAAGAGGCGCAGACGACAACCAAUAGAAAUGUGUUUUGAGAUGACAGUGGAAAACAUGGCGCUCUACAUAGCUCGAGUUUACAGGAGGGAAUCUACUCAGAUUGCCCAGAGGCUUCUGGUGGCAGCAUGGCAGCAGGGUAGUUGGCGAGCCCACCAUACCCCUGGCACAUCUCUGAAAUACAUCCCACGACGGGCUGUCCUCUACGUCCCAGGCAACGACGAGCGCAAACUUAGGAAGCUCACCUCUCUGAACGUUGACUGUGCUGUUCUGGACUGUGAGGACGGCGUCGCCCUUAACAAGAAGGCAGAGGCACGGGAAACUAUCCCGAAGAUGCUGGCUGAGCUGAAUCUGGGGCGCACUGAAAAAUGUGUGCGGGUGAACUCUGUGUCCAGCGGCCUGGCGGACGCUGAUCUGGAGGUCAUCCUACAGGCAGAGGUCCUGCCCCCUGCACUCAUGCUGCCUAAGGUGGAGGACACAGAGGAAGUACAGUGGUUUGUUGACAGAUUUCAGCAGCGCUUAAAAGGCCGGAUGCUGACAGAACCUGUUCGCUUAGUAACCUUUGUGGAAACUGCUGUUGGGUUGCUGAAUUUUAAGGCUGUGUGUGAGGCGGCUCGGGAGCUCGGACCCAAAGUUGGUCUGCAUCAUGACGGAGUAGUCUUCGGCUCUGAUGAUUUCUGUGCCAGUAUAGGUGCGACACGGACUAAGGACGCUCGAGAGCUGCUGUAUGCUCGUCAGAAAGUGGUGGUCACCACCAAAGCCUUUGGCUUGCAGGCUAUCGACCUGGUGUAUAUCGACUACCAGGAUGUAGAAGGUCUGCGGCAGCAGGCUAGAGAGGGUGCACUCAUGGGCUUUACUGGGAAGCAAGUCAUCCACCCAAACCAAAUCAAGGUUGUCCAAGAGGAAUUCUCACCAAGUCCAGACCGUGUUAAUUGGGCCACAGAGUUAAUCGCUGCAUUUGAGGAGCACCAGAAGCUAGGAAAGGGUGCGUUCACCUUCCGUGGCAGCAUGAUUGACAUGCCAUCGUUAAAGCAGGCUCAGAACAUCGUCACCUUGGCCAGAGCCGUCAUGGGCAAGUGAGCCAAACUGGGCAGCCAUAUCUGUCACUGUGCGGGACAUCGGACAAAAAACUGUUAACCUCAGACAGAUGCGUGCCCUCUCAGACCAUUAACUGUGGCUCAUCUACUGCUCUAUAAGGCUGUUCUGCAUGGCCUGAUGGGAAUGUCUUCAAUGUCAAAGAAGUGAUUAUGAGAAUGGUUUGCUGAAAUUCAAUUUUGUAAUGACACAAAUGUUCUAGGUAACUAAACUUUCCUUGUAUUCACACAGGGGCUUUUUUAUUUUAGGUACGGCUACAUAUGUGUACAAUUACUCACCCAUUACUAUUAAUAGAGACCAGAAAGACAUUUGUUCAAUCUUAAGCUGUCCACACUUGAUGUAUUGUGAUCUGCAUGCUGUGAUGUUUUUCUGCUCAUCACAGUUGUUUAGAGUGGUUAAUUAAAUAACAAUAACCUUC